AGCAGAUGCAGCCGGUGAGCUCGCGCGGUGGAGGGCUGCUGUGACAGUGGGGAGCACAGUCCGCGUGGAGCCAGCGCGAGGCAGAGGUACUCCAACGAGCUGUGACUGAGCGCAAAACGUGUAGAAGAGAUGGAGGUCCAUACUACAGUUUGGAUCAAAUGACGGAUUAUUUCACGCUCGAGCUGAAAUCAGAAGAUGUCGACAGUUGCACAUUGAUUAGAUUUGACUGUUAAAAGAUGCUUUGGAUGAUUUGACCUCCGAUGGUUUCUUAAAGUUGCUCCAAGACGAUGUGGCCCCCAGACCUCGGCCCUCCAGACGUCCAGCUGACUCUUCCUGCUUUCGGGAACGUCUUUGAAGAUGCAGAGGAUCUUCAGGCGCCGCUGUCCUCUGGCGGCCUCUGUCAGCCUCCUGGCAGUCUGGGGAUGUGCUGUCUUCGAAGGACUUCACUGUCUCUGUCUUCUCUGGGACGAGAUCUCACCUCCCUGCUCAGCUGUAAGACGAAUGGAUCCCACACAGAGAAGUCAAAGGAGGACUUGGCCACCACAGCGAACACAGACACUAAAAGCAUCACCCAGAGGUUCAGCUGUUACUCCCAACCCUCCCUCCCUGUUUCCUACAUGCUCACCACUUCCACUACACCUCCUUCUUUCUGCUCCCCUUCGUCUUCCCUCUCUUCUAACUCCUCCUCAUCACCUUUGUUUUUUACCUCUCCUUUGCCCGAUUCCAAAUCUUCACAGCAACAACAAAAGCAACAGGAGGAAUACCACCUGAUCAAACAAGAACCUAUGGAUGAUUUCUUGCCCUGUAAGAGGGAGCUGUUUCAAAUGAACCUUCAGCACGGGGAGGUUUUCCAUCUCCAGCCUAAUCACGUGGAUCAAAGUCCGGAUCACCAUGACGGUACUCCUCUUCACUCCCCCAUGCUCACUGGACCAAAAGGACAGGAUCCCACAGUGGACCAGCAGGACCAGCUGUGCCACUGGAUCGACUGCAGUGCUACAUACAGCAGUCAGGAGGAGCUGGUGAGGCACAUCGAGAAGGUGCACAUCGACCAGCGCAAAGGGGAGGAGUUCGCUUGUUUCUGGGCCGGCUGUGUUCGACGCCACAAACCUUUCAAUGCUCGCUACAAACUGCUCAUCCAUAUGAGGGUCCACUCUGGAGAAAAACCAAAUAAAUGCAUGUUUGAGGGCUGCUCCAAAGCAUUUUCACGUCUGGAGAACCUGAAGAUACACCUGAGGAGCCACACAGGAGAGAAGCCAUACAUCUGCCAGCAUCCCGGCUGCCUGAAGGCCUUCAGCAACUCCAGCGACCGGGCCAAACACCAGCGCACACAUCUGGACACAAAGCCGUAUGCCUGUCAGAUCCCCGGAUGCACCAAACGCUACACUGACCCCAGCUCUUUACGCAAACACGUCAAAGCUCAUUCAGCCAAAGGCCUUCAGGAGCGAGAGCUUAAGGUCCAGGUGCACACAAUGUUGGAAUCCGACAUGUUAAGUGACUGCUUGGCGAGGCAGCAUCUCCACACCUCCCACCAAGCAAACAGCCCACCUUUGUCAGGUUUAGAUGACUUCACAGGCGUGUAUUCCAGCAACAGCUCCGUCCACAACAGUAGGAGUUCAGAGUUUCUCCCUCCACCAGCAGACUCCACCUGUUCCAGGUAUCAAGGCCUUGAGGAAAACUUUGAUGCCAACAGUCCUAUAUCAUCAUUAGCGAGUCCAGGAAGCAUUAGAGAGGGGAACAGACCAGCGUCAUUGUUCAUGUCCUCCGAGGUCAGUCCUGCCAACUCCUCAUCAGAACCAGCAGAUGUCCGGUUACAGGACUACCACAAACCCUACAGCCACCAACAGGUUUUCUCACAGCAGCACGGUGGUCUGUAUGGGGAGGGGAAGGCGGACGGAGGAUUCGACUCCCCAAGUUACUUCACAAACCCCUCAGCCCCUCACUCUGCAGGAUUCGACUUACUGCAGGACCUCCAGGGCCAGGCCGGGGGCGGCUACUCACUGUCCUGCCCAGAUGACAGCUUCCUCUUCCAGGCAGGAGGUGUGGACCGCUGCCUCAGUCAGAUCUACUCCAUCUACCUGGACUCAUGAUGGCAACCAGCGCAAAAUCACACAGGAGAAAAACACAGCAUGUGUGAUGUGACUCCAGUCAGUCAUGUACAGUAUAUAUUCAAGGAUGAAGUUGAGUUCUGGACAAAUGUGGAAAAUGCAUGAGGUACAAACAGACGCAAAUGCAGAGCUGCAGGAAAACUGGCAAACGUGAAUGACCAAAGAGGAAAUGUGGUCAGAUUACAAAUGUAAAUAGCAGUGACUUUUAAUAUUCAGAAAUGAGCAGUGCAUUUGUGAUCUGGAUAAAAUGAGCUAUAGGCUUUGUUUGCUAGUUUAUCUUUCAGAAAGUCACAUGACUCACUCCAUCCUGAUACUAAUGAGGAUAUUUCCACCUCAACAACAGCUUUGCUUCCUGCAAAAAUAUUAAAUAGCUUUCUUUGUCUCAAGUGCUAGCUUAUAAUGCAAACUUUUUCGAGCUAAUGGAUCGACCUGUAGGACCCAGAGAUGACACCAAAAGACAUUUCAUACACUUGGACCCAUUUUCUCUUGUUUUUUAUGUGUAAUAUUGAACAGCUUUUCUUUCUUUUCACCAUAACAGCAAUUCAAGUGUCACAAUCCAAGAUGCAUUAAGUAAAACAAAACACUUCUUAAACUAUUUAUCAGUGUGGGAAAUGUACAGCUUGUGAUAAGAGGUUGCAAGAAAAUACCUUUUUUUUUUCACAAGCUUAAAGUACUGGGAGUUGUAUGGAUAUAUAAGGAUAAUAAAUUGCAUUUAACAGUCAAAAACGUAACAGAAUUAGUACAACAGAGUUUUGACUGGGAGGUAAAUGAAUACUCAAGUAGUUAGAGCAGCAGUUUAGUAAAGUUUAGCACCUAGACUGGAAAAGGAGAAAACAGACGUC